ACAAACUAAGUUAUGUAACAGGGGCUCUUCUUGUAUAGCAGGGGUAAUUGUGCUCUAACUUCUGUUCCAUAACAUAUCGGUAAAUUUGUGCUGCUAUCAAAGAAAUACCAAAGUAAGAAACACUGAAAUUAAGACACAUUAAAUCCAGUUAAUCAAUCAUUCACACUGGUAAAUCAAGGCGAAAAUUAAAUUUAGUAUUUCCCUAAAGGCUAGCUUAUAAGUUCAAAUACAAAUUUAGAACUUCUUUUACCUGGAAAGGAACACCAGCAAGUCUCGUAAUGACCCUAGAAGUAAGCAUGAUUAAAUCUAGCAACGACUACUGCAGCAGUUUGCUCUUUUUGCAGCUUCUCUUCGUUGCAAUAGUCUCUUUCUCUUUCACCAUCCGGAAAUAGAAUGAGCACGUGCAGUUGUCAGUGAAUGUUCAUCAUUAAAAGAUGCGCUACGCAUACAUCCCGCUUACUGCCUGUGAUUGCUGUGUCAGUGAGGGUUUUUUUUUUCGUCCCAGGACUUUCUCGGUCAAAUCUAAUAUGGCGCUCUUUCCACGUGCGUGAAUUGAAUGUACUGUUUACUAUGUUUACUUGACUUUUUUUCAAAUUUAAAAGAUGCCUUCAGAGAAUAUCCUGUCCCAUUUCUGGGAGCUUGCUUCUAUUGACGAAAAAACUCGCUUAAAAGCAGCGUCGCAGUUGUUGCAUGCUCUGAACCAAGCUCAAAAACAACAUGACGAGAGACGAAAGAUUGACGAGAACAGCAUUGAGGUUGAAGAGGAUUCUAGCUGUGAUGAGUUGGAAUAUAGCGUGAUGCGACUUGUGAAAGGCUUAGCUUCUUCAAGGAAAGGAGCAAGACAAGGCUUUGCAACAGUGUUAACAGAAGUUCUCUCUGAGUUUGCUUCCCUCUCUCCUGUAGGAAUGCUCAGAUUGAUUACUAAAACUCUUGAGGUCACUGGCAGUUCUAAGGCCUGGGAAGAGAGAGAUUGUUAUGUUGGUCAGAUAUUUGGUGUGAUGUCUGUUUUGAGGUCACAGUGUGAACAAGGAAAAAUUUCUUCCCCAGACUCAGAAUGGCUUGGUUUACUGAUAACAAGGAUCAUUGAACUAAGCAAGAAGAAGAGUUAUUUGCAAGAACUUUGUGCAAAGGUCAUUGUGGACGUUUUUACACUAGUGUCUACAGAUGUGUUUAUUAAGUCUGUUUACCCAUCUGUCAAAGAGAUUGUUGAGAGUGGAUGGACACAGGCCACACCAGAAACGCUAUUCAUUUCUCUUGCAGUUCAGAGAUAUUGGGGGGGCCACCUUGAUAAGAAGCUAAUAAAGGAUGCAUGGAAAUGUCCAUUGAUAGCUGACAAGCAGAAUUAUCAAGAAAUGAGUACUGUCUUGCUGGUAUGAACUCAACUAUUCUUGUCAGAUGUGCAUAGUAAAAUACAGAUGAGAUGAGAUGUAGCGCUCGCUCUUUGAUUGGCGCAUAGUCAUUCUCACUAGCCCCCAAAAUUUCAUCUCUAAUAUUACUUCUGUGAUUUGAGUUUCCCCAAAAGUGUUUCAAGAAACUUC